AUGCAGACAAUCAAAUAUGUGGUUGUAGGAGAUGGGGCUGUAGGUAAAACCUGUCUCAUUAGUCAUACAACAAAUGCCUUUCCUGAGGAGUUUAUACCCACUGUCUUUGACAACUAUAGUGCCCACACAUUUGUGGAUGGCCAGAUCAUCAGCCUGAACCUGUGGGACACUGCUGGCUAAGAAUAGUGUGACCGACUGUUAACUCUCUCCUACCCCCAGACCAAUAUCUUUCCACUGCACCCAGCCGUCAUUUGUUUUUCUAUUGGCAACCCAUCCUCUUAUGGCAGUGUGAGGCAUAAGUGGCAGCCAGAGGUCUCCCAUCAUUGCCCCAAUGUACCUGUUCUGCUGGUAGGCACCAGGAGGGACCUGCGGAGUUACCUUGACACAGUAAAGAAGCUGAAGGAGCAGAACCUAGUGGCCAUGACUCCUCAGCAAGACACUCCACUGGCUAAACAGAUGGGGGCUGUGGAGUAUCUGGAAUGUUCAGCCCUGAUUCAGGAUGGAGUGCAUGAGGUAUUUUCAGAAGCUGUCCAGGCUGUGCUUUACCCUGUCACCAAGAAGACCACCAAAAAGUGCGUCCUUUUAUAG